CGCGGGCCCGGAGCCCGACCGGAGCCGCUCCGGGAACAGUCAAAGAUUCGCUGCCAACCUGUUGGUUCCAGUAGUGUAGCUUAGAACAGUUAAUGACUUGGCUUUCAUAUCUCGCCACUGACCACUUCUCCGGUGAGCAACUUACGGCUUAAAGACUGGCGUCGAACUCGAAGAAUUUGAUGAAGGGUCGGCACCAGUUUCGCAGGCGGUUUAGCUUGCAACCUUCGUUCUUGAAAGAGGAGCCUGACGAAGACAAACGUCUACACAAUUCUAGGGUUCUCAGGUCGCAAAAGAGCGAAGAUGUGGAGUCGCUGGAAAAGGACGACAGCGUGGGUCCUGUCAACAGCGUUCGCCAUAAGAUAGUAGUAAUGGGUGCGGCUAAAGUCGGCAAGUCUUCCAUCAUAACCCAGUUCUUGUACGGAACCUUUUGCUCCAAGUAUAAGCGAACGGUUGAAGAGAUGCAUCAUGGGGAAUUCAACGUGUCUGGAGUUCAUUUAACGUUAGACAUAUUAGAUACUGCUGGUUCUUACGAAUUUCCUGCUAUGAGAGCGUUAUCAAUUUCUUCGGCGGAUGCAUUCAUCUUAGUGUAUGACGUGACUGACAGUUCCACCUUCGAGGAAGCGAGAGCCUUAAGAGAUCAAAUACAUGAAACUAAGGCCACGACUAAUGUGCCUAUCGUUGUUGUGGGGAACAAAAUCGAUCUGGCCGGAAACAGACAGGUUGAUACCGCAACAACCGAGUCCGUGGUGACGGUCGAUUGGGAGAACGGCUUCGUGGAAGCUUCGGCGAAAGAGAACACGAACAUAACCAAGGUUUUCAAAGAGCUUUUAACGCAGGCUAAGGUCAAAUACAACCUCAGUCCGGCUUUGAGGCGUCGGAGGAGGCAGUCUCUGCCCUCGCAAUCGGGGCCGCCGCCCUCGACGCCCUCUCACGCUGCGAUGAUUCCUUCAGCCGUCCAACUCCAGCACUUGCAACAAAUUAGGGACCGUCACGGAAAAAGAAACUCCUGUAUCAUAUCUUAAGCAUGUGCAUCGUAGCAAUUACUUCUUUAUGUGCAGAAAAUAAUGAUCGAUGCCCAGAAUUGAUUUAACAAGUCCUGUGUGCAGGCACAGUUUGCGUUCACUACUUUGCAUAUCAACUGCACACUGCUCUUUCUUUUCCCACUACUUUCGACAAUUUUGAACACCAAGGGCAUGGUUUCAUUGUUUUUGGGAACAUAGACCACAACUAAUUCUUCCAUAUUUAAUAACUUGAUGUCUAUCGAUUAUCUAAUAAGUGGUGUAAAUAUGCUGAAUUAACAACCGACAUGUAACUGCAGGUUGGAUCACUUGUCAAUAUACAGAGUUAGUGACUUCGAUCUACUUUUUUAUGUUGAUAAAAUGUGCAAUUUUAUAAAGGUGUAGCAAUACCGGUUUAUUUUUCAAUGGUUGAAGACUGUCUUAAAGUAGAAACAGCGUUACAAUUUUUUGUUGAUUUUAAUUGAAACGUUAAGUGCAUGUUUUGCAGAUCUCAACCAGUAUGUGUACUAAGCUUUUUUAAAUAGAAAUGAGUACGUAGUUCUAGCUUUUGUAUUUCUGUUAGUUUUAGUUUCUGUAUUACGUAUAUGUGACUUCAAUCUUGACAAUCCAGAAUCAAUGUAUUAUUAAAUAUAGGAACGAUGAAUGUAAA